CUCUCUUUACCUCUCAACGUGUUAGCCUUUUUUUCUUCCUCCUCAAGAUUCUCAACUUCGCUGACAAUCUCACAAUUUUUCUCGGGGAAAAAAAAACAUCUUCUUGAUUCUCUGUUUCCUUUUCUUUCUCCGCUUUUCCUCUUUCUUAAUAUAUCUUUUGGAAGGCGAAGAGACGGGCAGUUUCCUCCGAUGUCGCACCGUCUUUUCGCCUGCUUUCGCGGCAAGAAAUCUUCAUCCUCCACGAGUAAACCUAACUCCGGUAACAACUCCGCCGCCGUAUCCGAUGACGUUCCUGCCGGAGACGGACCCGUUCUCGUCCAGCUUUUCUCGUCUCAGGGAUGCAAAACGUCGCCAGCGGCGGAGAUGCUCAUGUCCAGGCUCGGCCGAGGUGAUUUCGACGCUCAGAUCCGUGGAGGAGGAGAAGACGGUGGUUCUGGAUCUCCGGCGAUGGUUCUGGUCUUCCACGUUGAUUACUGGGACUACAAGGGCUGGAAGGAUCCGUACGGUUCGAGCCAGUGGACGGUGAGGCAGAAGGCGUACGUGGAGGCGUUGAAUCUUGACACGAUGUUCACUCCGCAGCUUGUAAUCCAAGGAAGAUCUCAACUGGUCGAUAACGAGGAAGAGAAUCUGCUCAAAUCUAUCGUGGAAGCUCCUAGGUUUCCUUCUCCCGCGUUCAAGGCGAGUUUCCAGAGACCAACCUCAGAGACACUGCAAGUAUCACUAACGGGAGCUUUGAGGAUGAAAGUAGACGGGAACGGACUAGACAUAAUGGUGGCGUUAUAUGAAACGGGGCUGGUGACAGAC